GAGAGAGAGAGAGAGAGAGAGAGAGAGAGAGAGAGAGAAGCCCCCAAUGGCGCAGCAGGUUAAACCACUGCACCGCUGAACUUGUUUACCAAAAGAUCGGUGAUUCAAAUCCUGGGAGUGGGGUGAGAUCCCAAUGUUAACCCCAGCUUCUGCCAACCUAGCAGUUCAAAAACAUGCAAAUGUGGGUAGAUCAAUUGGUACCGUUCCGGCAGGAAGGUAACAAUGCUCCAUGUAGUCAUACCGGCCAUAUGACCUUGGAGGUGUCUAUGGACAACGCUGGCUCUUCAGCUCAGAAAUGGAGAUGAGCACUAACCCCCAGAGUCGGACACAACUAGACUUAAUGUCAGGGGAAAACCUUUACCUUUAUACUAAAUAUAUUGUGUGUGCCAUAUGUGAGAUAUAUGCGGUAUAUACUUGUAUAUAUAUUCAAAAACUGCUGGUGCUUGUGAGUGUGUAUCUAUAAGUGUAAGAGAAUAUAUUCCUUUAUUUUCCAAUGUGCUCUUGUUUUAAAAUAGAUAUAUUUUAAAUAUACGCACACAGAAAUAUGUAUAUAUGUGAUAGAAAGAAAGGAGGGGGGGAACAAGAGGCUGUUUUGCCUGCGAGGCAAUAUUUCUGGAGCCAAUCGGAAUGUAGCAUCCACCCUUCCCUACUCCUUAAUUAAAGGGUUUAACCAAGCUGGCUAGGUUGGAUUUCUUACACAUUUUCCCUGGAGGAGGACAGCAGCAAGGAGGAGCAGUAGCAGCAGCUAUGGCUGGAGCCAUGACUGAGUAAGCCGACUCAGAAAGAGGAGGAGAGGUGGAGAAUUUUCUCCCUCCCCCAAAAAACAGCACACAACUCUCUGCAACCUUGCACACUUUUUCUUUGGCUUCCCUUUGUCCAACGUUUGGGACCUUCCCCUGGCGGGGCCUUUCAGCUUCUCAUCAUGAGCAGCUCCUUCGAGAAGAAGAUCACCAGCAUCUUGACAGACAUCUCCAGCAACCUCAGUUGCCAUGCGGCCACCAAGGAUUCCCCCACCCUCCCCGAGUCGUCCAUCACGGAUCUGGGUUACUACAGCACCCCGCACAACCAGCACGAAUAUUACCCCAGCCAAGCGUUCACCCAGCCCAUGAAUCACUAUGCCUACCACCCCCAAUUUAACCUCAAUGGAAUUGGGGGUGCUGGGACCUACUCCCCUAAAUCUGACUACUCUUACAGCACCUCGUACAGGCAAUAUGGAUCUUUCCGGGACCAACAAUUGCCCAGUCAAGAAACAGUUUCAGUGAAGGAAGAACCGGAGCCAGAAGUGCGGAUGGUCAAUGGAAAACCCAAAAAAAUCCGAAAGCCGCGCACCAUUUAUUCCAGUUACCAGUUGGCUGCCCUGCAAAGGAGAUUCCAGAAGGCACAAUACCUGGCACUGCCAGAGAGGGCAGAAUUGGCCGCACAACUCGGACUGACCCAGACUCAGGUGAAGAUCUGGUUCCAGAAUCGAAGGUCCAAGUUUAAGAAGCUCUACAAAAAUGGAGAGGUCCCCUUGGAACACAGCCCCAACAACAGUGACUCCAUGGCUUGCAAUUCUCCACCGUCUCCCACCCUCUGGGACAGUAAUACCCACAACAACCCAGCCAACAGGAGCCAGCUCCCUCAGCCACUCUCCUAUAACUCUCCGCCCAGCUACCUGGAGGACCACAAUUCCUGGUACCAUCAUCAGAACCUGAGCGGGCCUCACAUACAACAGCAAGGACCUCCGCCCACUUCUGGCUCUAUGCAUCACCCAUCUCCAGGGCCUCCUCCCAAUCCUGGAGCAGUAUAUUAACCUCUUUUGCCUCCUCAAUGAAACCAGUAGAGCAGGAAAAAAGGCACGAGGGAGAGAGAGGGAGCAACAGACAGAGACAAGUCAAAACUCUUUGAUGUUUUUUUUGGUAGGACAAAGUACGCAUUCCAUCCCAUCUCAGGAAGAACUGCACUGCAGCAGGAUAAAGACAAUUGAGAAAUCUUCUAAGGACAGCGGAAAGGGAAAGGUGGGUGGGUUGAUGGUUAUGUGGGUGGGAGGGAGGAGGUUUGUGGUCCAUGCUGUAUCUCAACUAAAUGGGUUUCACCUAGAACUACCUUACCAAGCUCGACUUCCUGCGUGGUCCAUCUGUGGGCGGCUUCUUCUCCUUCUUGUUGAGAAGAUGUGCAAUUGGGAGGCUCUUGGCUUGACUGGAGAAAAAGCCAAAAGGCACGUGGCACAACUCCAGGUUCCAGGAAGAAACUAUACAACUGGUUGUCUUGAUCCUUCUCAUUUGUUGGGCUUAUUUUUAUUUUGGUUUCUUAAUAUCCCCAAGCAAAGUGGUUUCAGGAGGCACCUUUUUGGAGGGCUUGAUAAGAUUUGGCAGGGCUACCAGCAUCCAUCAAUGCACUCAAUGGUAGGCAUAGGAUUGGUGUGUUUACUUGCCCAUGAAGUUCAGGAAUAGGAAGGCAGUGAAGGAAAUAUGCUUCUCUCUAUUUUUAUACAUUUCCUUUGACACAUAUACUGUCAGAAGAACAAAAAGUUUGGUAUCACCUUAAGCACAGACUGGAGCUUGUUGACCUGUAACUCAUAUCAUACCUAGCCAUUACAUCCAAUAGGAUGUGGUGUUCAGAUUUGCAGUCCUUCAGAGUACCGCACAUUUCCUACAUCCAUCCUAUUAAGAGCCAUUAAAAUAAUUCAAGGAAAUGAUAGAAGAAGGGGCAGGGAGACAUUGGCACCAGACCAUAAAUAUUUUAUAAUCAGAUUAGAUUUGAAAUCAUUACUUAGAAAUGGAGAAGUUAUACAAAACUGGACAGUGUAUGGUGUUAAUGUGAUGCUAUUGUAGAACGUGUGGUCACCUCAAAUACAGAUGAGAUCAAAGAAUCAUGGAAAGUACUAAAUGGGGGUUGGGUGGUGACUAUUUCAGGUUAACACUAGAAACCCAAGGAGAAGGAGACAUAAAGGGCCCUUCCAGUCAGGAUCUGAUCCCAGAUUUUCUGUUUAUCCCAGAUUACCUGUCAGUGUGGACUCAUAUAAUCGAGUUUAAAGCAGAAAUCCUGGGAUCAGAUCCUGGAAUAUAGGGUCUGUCUGGAAGGGCCCAAACUCUUCUCCCAGUUGCAAGUUUCGUAACAGGAAAAGGUUUCUGAGAAGGUAGAAAUGAAAGAUUUUAAUUUCCUUUUCCGGCUGUCAAUCUAUAGUAGCUCUUUCAUCAAUCAGAUUACAGUUUGUAGAUUGUCCAUCCACUCUCCUAGGAGUAAAUCCCACUGGACUCAUAGAAGCAUACUUUUUGAUUGCCAUGGUUUGCAUUGCACUAUUAGAGGCCAGUUUUCUUUCAACAUAUAGGCCAACAAAAACAAAAUACCAGCUUGGAAAGGAAAGAAACAUUCUGAACCUUAAACUGUCAAGCUCUGUUCAUUUUCCAAUUAUAAACAAAAGGUGUUCGAACUGGUAUUAAAAUUAACUAAAAUUCACAUUCUCUGGGCUGCAUCUGAUGUUAAUUUAAACCACUUGAGAAUUUGACCUUCAUUUAGGACUUUUAAGGGGUUGGAUGGGAGAAAGAAAUGUUUAUUUUUAAAAAAUUAGGGACAUAUUUAAAAAUACUUGGGGGAUAAUUUAAGUUAUUUUUUUAAGAAAGUGAAAAUGAUCUGCGUGUUGCUCUAGUUAUGUCAUUUUAAGCUAUUGUCAAAGAGGAAGGCUUAUUUUUUAAAGAAAAAAGCAGGAACAAAUCCACCUUGGCUAUUUUUUUUAAAUAAAAGUCUGUGUGGUGCAUUUUUCAAAAAAGGAAAGAGCAUUCUCUGAUGUUGUACAGUGUCAAGGUUGCUAUUUAUGUUGCCUUGUAUUAUUAUAAGGAGCGCAGGGUGUGGGGGAUGUACAUAUGGCUGGUUUGUAUAAAGCUUCAUUCAAAAGUUAAAUGUUAUUUUUUUCUUUUUUAAAAAAUCUUGGCUUAGGAGAAAAAAAACAAGAAGCAUCUCAUUGAGAUGAAAACUUUACUUGAGAUUCCUUUUCUGCUUUACUAGUGAAGAAAAACUUCCUGUACAAUGUUAAUAAAAUAUUUUGAACCUUAAA